UGACAUGCGGCUGGGAUUUCAUGCCAGAAAUAACCCCUUAUGUACUGGGGUGACUUCCUGGAGGGAGCUACAGCAUGCUGUAGGAUGGUGCUGCUUCACCUCCCCCUCAUCCAGAGCCUUCUGAUCCCAGAUGCUGCUAGUGGAGCCGAUGAACACUCUCUAACUGGCCCCAGGCCAUCGCAGUCAGUGGGGCAAGCAGCUGGUAAAGCACGGGGAGGGGAUGAGCUAACUCUGGUGCCCAUGAGGGAGCAGUGCGUGCCUUGGUGGCUGCAUCAGGAAAAGGAUGGCUCACUGUGGCCUGCACUGGUUCUGGCUCAUGAACCUCUAUGUAAGGUUGUGUUCCUCCUUGGUACUGGGACGUCAAGGCUGUGACUGAGGGAAUGGUUGGAAUUAGGAGCUCUCGUUCCUGCUGAGGAGAGGUGUACUAAAGAGUAAUUUAAGGUCUUUGAUGACUCCUGGAGAACCUGCAGUAGGAAAGGACUUCUGGAGAUCCCCAGGCCAAAUUCCUGCUUUUGUGGGGUGAAAACUACCAUUGGAGCAGGUUGCUCAGGGCCUGAUUUGAUUGAAUGAUGAAUGUCCCCAAGGAUGGGAAUUCCCCCACCUCCCGGGGCCUGAAAGGAACCUGAUUCUCUCCAUGGACUUUGCCACAGGGACUUGAGGAGGAAAACCAGGGUGAGGAGAUUGUGGUGAGCUCAGCCUCUGACUGGUUUUGUAUAUUUCUGAGUUGCAGCUUUCCUUCAAGUCUAGGGCACCAAGAGUUAGAAGGACCUGAUAUUCCCUCAACAUCUGCUGGCGAUGCCGGAGGGCCCAUCAGUGAGGAAGUUCCAGUUGUUGACCUCCCCUUUUGUAGGACAAGUGGUGGCCAAGGUGGGGGGAAGCAGCCGGAAGAUCAACGUGAAUGACCUGAAUGCCCUGAGGCUCCAGGACUCCCAGGUUCAUGGGAAGAACUUGUACCUGGCAUUUGUGGCAGCUGACAGUCCCUUAGGACCAACUGCAGAAGAGACAGUGCUGCAAGGAGAGGCUGCUAGUGGGGCAAGUUCUCCUGCCCAGGGUGGGCAGGAACAGGUUUGUGGUCCGCAGGCACGUCCCCAGGAGGAGGAGCUGCAGGGACUCCUGCGCUCCAGGUCUGAAGCUCCAGAUGCUGCAGAGGGUCCUGGCAGCUGGCUACGCUUCCACUUCGGCUUGUUUGGCAGCAUUCGGGCAAAUGAGUUCUCAAGAGCAAACAAAGCCAAUAAGAGGGGGGACUGGAAAGACCCUAUACCCAGGCUGGUUCUGCACUUUGAGAGCGGAGGCUUCCUCGUCUUCUAUAACUGCCGGAUCCACUGGUGCUCAUCUCCAAGGGCUGAUCCUGCUUCCGACAUCCUGUCUGUGGAGUUCCACCGCGGCCGGGCACUGGAUGCCCUCCGCACACCCGAUCCCAUCUGCCACACUCUCUUAAACCAAAAAUAUUUUUCAGGACUGGGGAACAUCAUUAAGAAUGAGAUCUUGUACCUGGCCAAGAUCCAUCCGUUAACACAAGGCUCUGUCUUGGCGCUCCCGGAUCUGGAGCGCCUGCUUGACUGCGCCGUUCAGUUCAGCGCAGCCUGGCUGCACAUCAAGCUGCGUGGCAAAGGGCUGCACCCUCAGAUCUACCAGAAGGAGCACUGUCCCCUCGGGCACGCAGUGAUGAAGGGAACCCUUGGAGCCUCAGGUGGCUUUAAGAGACUUACGUGGUGGUGUCCUCAGUGCCAGCCUGUGGUGCCGUCAGGGGAUGGGGAUCCCGCCCCAGCCACUGAGUGACCCGGCUUCCUGCAUUCCCCCUUCUCUGGAGGGUGUCUAGGUGGUCUCAGAACCACGCUCCGAGUUGUCCUGAAAAGUGCUUCAUGAUUUCUUUGAGGCUGUUGAAUUUCCUCCUUAGGGGCAGUGAGUUGGCGGAGUUAAGUGCUCAGUGGAGGUUACAGAGUCACUGAAGUACUCUGUGCUUCUGGGUGCAAAAAGGAAAGCGGUUGUAAAUGUCUAUUUUUUUCUGUCACCGUGACUUAACAGUGUAAAUAGUUUGACCAGUUCUGAGGUGCCUUGGUCCCCCUGUUCCGACUACAGGGAAUGGGAAGCGUGGGUUGUCGAGUGGGUGAUGACUGUGGUCUGAAGUAAUCCUGUCCCUUGAUGCUGGCGCGGGUGCAAUGGCUUAUGGUGGAGUCAGCAGAAAGGAGUGUGUCCCUCUGCCUAAAUGGCUUGAUUAAUUUGGUACUAGACAAUCCUGCCUCUGCUUGUACCUGCGUGCUGGGCUGCGAUUUAGGUGUGGUUAAAAGCAAGUGGCUGUUCCCUCUGUCAUGUCUUGCAAAAACGGCUGCCUCCUCCUGAGGGGCGAAAAUAAGCCUCAUCAGUGCUUGGUGGAGCUCAACUCUGCCUGCCUGUCGUGGUCUCUGCCCCCACAGGUUGGAUUUUUGUGGCAAACUGCCAAUUCCAGAUCUCUAGAUCUUAAAAAAACAACAACUUUAACAGAUUAUAGGGGUGGCCCUAAGGGGAGGGACUGUGAGGCUCAGUCAAGUUGCUGGUUACAGCUGGGAUCACAAGCCUUGACAGAUCUGUGGGGUGUCUAACAAUGUUUGUGACAGGGAUUGCAUAAAACUCAUGAUCUUACAAAAUAACCUAAAAGCAGAAAGGUUUGGAAAUAGGGAUGUGGUCCUUUGUUUGAGCUGUGUGUGUCUAUGCAGUAAGCGGGAGCUGCUGCUGUCCUUGCUCUCUGGGUCUAGGUUUAAUUUAAUAAUAGGAUGUUGAAUGUGAAAAAUAAAAACUGGAGUUAGAACUGGUGA